AAAUUCCACUUCUAGCGCAACUGCUGUCGUCACUAGUCGACGCCGCAGAGACGCCCAAAAGCACAAAAUGUCUGCUGCCAAAACGAAAAAAUGUGACGCAAUAACAGCAUCCGCAACAGCAGCAACCACUAACGGUGACGCCACACCUCCAUCUUCACCGCCGUUCUAUGUCAUACCAGACGACGUCAUGUCCUUAGAAGCAGCAAUCGAAAAUGAAAUGCGGUUAAGAGGGUUGAAGGAGAAAGAAAACAAUUUAACUAACCAGGAUUUAGUUAGAUCACCAGUCGCUGAUUGUUUGAGUAGUCCAGACGAGUUGUGGUGCGCCAGAAAUAAAGAUUUUGAUGCCCUAGUCGAGUCGCCUUCGGAUCAAGCAAGUGACAAAUUCGAAACAUUGCUCUGUGCUUCAAACGAAGACUUAGAUGGUCGAGUCUCCUUGACAGAUUUGUUAAGUCAGGACGAAGGCAGUGAAGCCGAAUACGAAACAAUGAAAACUCAAAUGAAAGUAUUGCAAUCUACAGUAGUUAUGCAACCUAAAGAUGACUCAAGUAGUCCCAUAGAAGAGGUUGCACCAAGGGACCAAACAAAUGACAUAGACCUCUUAACAGAUACAAGAAAUAUAAGCAAACCGGAUGCUACUCAAAUACGUUUAGAUUUAACACCAGACGUGGUCAGAAAUUUUAGGACCAAAAAGUUUUUCGAAUCGGAUACAGACGAUGCUGUACUUUCAGAAAUAUUUUCAAGAACUAUCAGUUCUGCAGGAGCUACACCAACAGAUGAUGAGUUUGGAACAGGUCAGAAAGAAAUGACACCUCCAAUGCCUUCCCCGAGGAUUGUCAUAGAUAGCCCUGAAGAAGAUUUAAAAUCGUUGGUUAACCGAGGACGACCAGCGUUUUUGAUGGAAGAUUUCGAGGAACGCCCAGCUACAUCCACCCUUUCCUUAGAACAAACUACUAUCACAACUGUAGAUAGUAAAGAAGAAGUGGAGGGUGAUAGUUCUACCAAUUGGAUGACUGUAGAAGAAGCUGUUCAAGAAAAACAAGUUGGAAACUCAGGUGCAGUAGUCUUAAAUGAAAACGAAUUCUUAGCUGAACGUUUGACAACUGAAUCACACGAAGGAAGUCUUACAGAAUCACAAAUCCAGGAUGAUAUUUUAGACAAAUCACUAGAAUAUUCAGAUGAAUAUGUGCUUAAAACAGACGAAGAAAAAGAUUUGUCUUCAUCCCAAGAGGCAUGCUCAAGAUCUUUUGAUGAAAAUUUGGAAGGUUUUGAUGAAGAUACAGGAAUCAUCGAUGAGAUUUUGCACUCUUCUAGUUCCUUUGGAAUGAGGGAUAUUAAUAGAUUAGAAGACUUGGUUCAAGAUAUGUCUAAUGCUAUUGAUGAGAAUUUGAGGGCCCAGAUUUCGCCUGAUAGUUCGGCUACGUGCGAACUGAGCAGUGGUAGUGGUGGUAAAGCUCCGGGCGUUGAUUCUAACAAUGCUACUAACAUUGCUGCUAGAAAUGCUAAUUGCGCUUUAGAGCGCCUCGUCCAAUGCGAGUCAUCGACGACCACAGUGACGACUACAUCUACAUCUUCGUCAUCAUCAGCGGUCACCACUAAGAAUGAAGAAAUCGUGUCUUCUAAAAAGGUCACGACCAAAGCUACUGCCAAUGGUGAGAUGAUCACCAAUGGAGGCACUGGUGAUGCAGCAACUCCUAAGAAGAAAACGAAGAAGAGCAAGAAAGAAAAAGGCGAGGCCGAGAAGGAAAAUAUUAGCGUGAACGAAAUCGAAGUCUGUCCUCGAAAGAUUGAUAUUCCUUCAAGACCUGUACCAAGCGAUUUGCCCAGAUAUGAAGAUGAUCUUUCUAAUAUCAACGUCAAACAUUUGGUGAGUAGACUUAUUUAUUUAAAGUUUUUAUUUGUAGGAUAUUUUGCAUCGUAUUAGGAGAUUAAGCACACGAUAA